AUGCACCCAAUAAUUUCUAGGAUCAGUACAGCUGGUUUACGACUAGGCAGUAACUUCUCAAAAAGAAGCAUUUCCGUCAAAACUCGACCCAAGGUUGAUAUCAAAUUGGGCCAGCCCACGUUUGAAACGAGGCCCCAUAUUAUCCCGCAACCUGGGAAUCUCACGCCCGGAAUAUCGGCAUUGGAGUAUUUCAACCGUCGAUUAAAACUAGCAGCUCAAUUACCUGAUAAUUCUCUUGCAAUAAUUAUUGGUAAUAGUGUGCAAUAUAGCUCUGGAGCGGUUUUCUACGAUUUUCAACAGAAUAAUGACUUUUACUACUUAACUGGUUGGUUGGAGCCUGAUAGCGUGAUGGUUUUAGAGAAAAAAGGAACUGGUAGUAGAGAUGAGGACGUGGCCUUACACAUGCUUGUGCCUCCAAAUGACCCACAACGUGAACAGUGGGAAGGUGCCAAGUCGGGGUUGGAGGGUGCCUAUGAAUUUUUUAAUGCUGAUUACGUGGAAGAUAUCAGUAAAGCUCCUGUGUAUAUAAGAAAGCUAUUAUCGUCUACCAGCAAUGUCUUUUAUGAUAACCAAAGCAAUGGAGGACAUUUAACGUCCAAAAGUUCAACAUUUAAGCUGUUCUUCAAUCUUGGAGGAACAGAUAGCAAGAACCAAACUUUGAAUGACGUCAUCAUGAAUUGUGGCAAGCCUGUAAACCCGUUGAAGAAGCUUGUUGCGCUGCAACGUAGCGUUAAGUCGCCAGCUGAGAUAGAAGUUAUGUAUGCUGCAGGUCAGAUUUCGAGUCGUGCCAUAAACAAGGCUAUGGGCCAAGUAGCUACCACUGCACCAUUUCGUACUGAAAAAACAUUGGCCAAAUAUUUGGAGUAUCAGUUUGUUAAAGGUGGAUGUGACAGGCAAGCAUAUAUUCCAGUUGUCGCAAGUGGAUCAAAUGCAUUGGGUAUACAUUACACUAGAAACGAUGAUAUAUUGUAUGAAGAUGAAACCGUGUUUGUUGAUGCCGGUGGUAAAUUGGGUGGUUAUUGCGCGGAUAUUUCUAGAACAUGGCCAAAUUCUUCCAACGGCUUCAGCGAGCCGCAAAAGGAUAUUUAUAGUGCUGUAUUGAAUACAAACAAGGCAUGCAUUGAUCUAUGUGACGAGAGUCAAAACUGCUCAUUGCAUGAUAUUCAUGAGUUUUCUGUUAGUACAUUGAAAAAAGAACUCAGUAAUAUUACCGGAUUCCAGCAUGUUACAGCAGCAGAUGUUAGACAGCUUUACCCCCAUUAUAUUGGACACCAUCUUGGAUUGGAUUUGCAUGAUGUACCAUCGGUAUCAAGAUUUGACAAGUUAAAAGAAGGCAAUGUCAUUACUAUCGAGCCAGGUUUGUAUAUACCUGAAACUGAUGCAUGGCCCAAGCUGUUUAGAGGUAUAGGAGUUCGGGUUGAGGAUGAUAUUGCCAUUGGCAAAACUGCGGGUGAAACUAUCAAUUUAACUAGUGGUUGUGUAAAAGAGAUUGCUGGUAUCGAGUCUUUAGUGUCCAAAGGAAUCACAACACCUGGUAUAGAUGAUGAAGUGGUGGUCUUGGACAUAUAG